GCGGCGUCAAGAAUGGACGAAGCAAGCAAAGAAGUGACAGGUAAUCUCAUAAUAUAUACCGCCGCCGCCGACGACGAUGACCGUCUGGUCACGGGAGUGGUUGUAGUAGAGGAAGGACCAGGCGUAGAGCGCGUAGGUGAUGCAUCCCGUGGGGAGCAUGAGCCGGGGGCCGACGACGUUGCACAGAACGCCGCCGAGUUUGGUUUUUCCUGUGUAGGGGAAUUCCGAGUAAUGGCGACGCCAUUUUUCGGUGUGGACGGAGGCGCUGGCGGCGUAGCAGUAAUGGCAGGUCCACUGAACCCAAUCGAUCCUUCGACGCCGUCCAAGUCUUGCCUCAAGAAUUCCGUACUCAAGUCCCCCAUACUCCUAUUCCUCUUCUUCCACAAAGCUAUCCGGUUGGAGCUCGACGGCCUCCACCGCGCUGCCAUGGAUUUCGCCACCAGUGGCGGAGAUAUUAAACCUCUGCUGUACAAGUAUCACUUCCUCCGUGGGAUUUACAAGCACCACUGCAAUGCUGAGGAUGAGGUAGGCAAUUAGCUAUCCAGUGGGCUUGAGCUUUGUCCAAGUAAAUGAAAUGGGAUGAAAAUU